CUUCACAACUACAAUAGUUUCUGCAUUCUAAAAUUGUUUCUGUUCUAUAGCAUCUUUGAUUUACACUGCCUCUGCUUUAAAAGAAACAUCCCAGCAUGGCAAUUAGUGUGACUCGCAUUCUUCGUGCUAAGCAGGGCCUCAGAAGGUCUUCUUCAAGAACAAACAGAGAAAGUGAGGUCCCUAAGGGGCACUUUGCAGUUUAUGUGGGUGAAAGCGAAAAGAUGAAGCGCUUUGUUCUUCCAAUAUCAUUCUUGAACAACCCUUCAUUCCAAGACAUGCUAAAUCAGGCCGAGGAAGAGUUCGGAUUUGAUCAUCCAAUGGGUGGACUCACAAUACCUUGUCCAGAAGAUAACUUCCUUGACAUCAUCUCUAGUUUGAGUAGAUACUGAGAUACAACAAAGAGCUUAGUUUAGUAGAGAAAAUUUUUGCAGAGAGAGUAUUCUUGUACAGUUUUUUUUUUUACCUGUCUCAUGAUCAGCUUGGAAACUGUAAAUUUCACUGGUUAUAUGAAGGCCUAUUGUGCGCUAAAUGUCUAUAUAUCAGGAGACUUGGGUAGUUACACUAAUAUUAUGUUUUCAAGAGAUAAUUGAUGACUU